AUGUUUGCAAGGCAGUGUGUGUAUGGCUGUAAACGCAUUCUAUCGUAUGGCUCGGAAUUUGGCUUUUCUCGUAGUUCAGCUUCUGCUGUGCGAUAUCUGACCCGCUGUGCAGUUCCCAGAACUGUAUCUGUCCCGGUCGCACAACGCUAUUUCUCUACAGAGUCUGCAGCAAAGCCUUCCGGAGAAGAGAUUCGGAAGAAGAUGAAGGAGGCAACCGCAAAGGUGCAAGCGGAGCGAGCAAAGGAGGCCACCAAAGCAAAUGCCGCAGGAGAGAAGAAAGAGCCCGAGGCAAAAGUGGUGAAGAAGGAGGAGUGCUUUACAACAGUGAAGGAUGCCACUGGCAACGAGGUUACCAUCCAAACGAAAGCAGUGGAUGCGGCCGGCAAACCCCCCGUGGAGGAAAAGGUCGUGAAGCUCGUGGACGAAGUGCUUGCGCUGAACUUCAUUCAGAUCGGUCAGUUUAUGCGAGUCAUGAAGGAGCGACUCGGACUUCCCGACGUCCUGGCUGCUCCCAGCGCUGCUCCCGCCGUGGGUGCUCCGGGUGCUCCGGGUGCCCCAGGAGCGGCAGAUGCGGCCGCUGGAGCAGGCGAGAAGAAGGAGGAGAAGAAGGAGAAGAGAACGGCGAGCGUGAAGCUGGUGAAGUACGACGCAAAGGACAAAAUCAAGAUUAUUAAGGAGGUGCGAGGACUUCUGAACUUGGGACUGAAGGAGAGCAAGACCCUCGUGGAGAGUGUUCCUGUGAUGUUGAAGGAGAACAUGCCUAAGAAGGAGGCGGAGGAAUUGGCAGCCAAGUUGAAGGCGUUGGGUGCUGAGACGGCUUUCGAAUAAUUGUUUUAUGGUUU